AUGGCUAAGAUCCUACAAAACAACCUCAAUAGGAGUAGGGCGGCCCAGGACUUCCUCUCUCAGUACGCCACGGAGCACGAAGUUGGAAUAUGUAUAUUGUCUGAACCAUAUAGAAUUCCAAACAAUUCACAAUGGUUUGGUAGCACUAACAAGCUAGCAGCUAUAUGGUGGAGGCCUCAGACCAUGAACAGUGCUGGAACUUUAAUAUCCAGAGGUCAACAUUAUGUGGCAGCCCGCUUUAAGGAAUAUAACAUAAUAUCGUGUUAUAUAUCCCCAAACUCGACAAGGGCUAAAUUCCUGGAGUUCUUGGAUGAGCUAGGAGAAGCAGUUAGGCUCAUAGAAAGGAGGACAAUCAUUGCUGGAGACUUCAAUUCAAAGUCAAUACUGUGGGGAUCACGAAGUACUGAUGCCAAAGGUGAAGCAGUGGAGGAAUGGGCUGCGGAAUGCGAUUUUAGAUUGAUGAACCGCGGAAAUACACCAACAUGCAUAAGAGUCCAAGGAUCUUCUAUUAUUGACUUAACCUAG